GCUCCGCCCCGCCCCGCCCCGCCCGACAGAGGCGCGAGUGCGGCGGUGCGGCCGCUAUCCCCCGGUGCUCCCCGCAGCAGCCAUGGGCAACUGCUACACCGUGGGACCCAACGAGGCGCUGGUGGUGUCAGGAGGCUGCUUCAGUCCAGAUGCGAAGAAGUAUGUGUUUGGAGGCUGGGCAUGGGCCUGGUGGUUUGUGUCAGAUACCCAAAGACUGACUCUGGAGGUAAUGACCAUCCUGUGUCGCUGUGAGAAUAUUGAGACGUCGGAGGGGGUCCCGUUAUUCGUAACAGGGGUUGCACAGGUGAAAAUCAUGACGGAGAACGAGCUAUUGGCUGUGGCCUGCGAGCAGUUCCUGGGGAAAAACGUUCAUGACAUCAAGAAUGUGGUUCUGCAGACCUUGGAGGGCCACCUCCGGUCCAUCUUAGGGACCCUGACCGUGGAGCAGAUCUACCAGGACCGGGACCAGUUUGCCAAGCUGGUGAGGGAAGUGGCCGCCCCCGAUGUGGGUCGCAUGGGGAUCGAGAUCCUCAGCUUCACCAUCAAGGACGUGUACGACAAAGUGAAUUACCUGAGCUCCCUGGGAAAGUCGCAGACGGCCCAGGUCCAGAGAGACGCUGACAUUGGAGUGGCCGAGGCAGAACGGGACGCGGGCAUCAGGGAAGCUGAGUGCAAGAAGGAAAUGUUGGAUAUGAAGUUCCUGGCAGACACAUACAUCGCCGACUCCAAACGCUCCUUCGAGCUGAAGAAGUCGGCCUUCACGGAGGAAGUCAGCAUCAAGACAGCGGAGGCCCAGCUGGCCUACGAGCUGCAGGCUGCCAAGGAGCAGCAGAAGAUCCGGCAGGAGGAGCUGGAGAUCGAGGUCGUGCAGAGGAAGAAGCAGAUAGAUGUGGAGGAGCAGGAGAUCCUGCGCACCACCAAGGAGCUGGUGUCCACCAUCCGGCAGCCCUCAGAGGCCGAGGCCCACCGCAUACAGCAGAUCGCCGAAGGAGAGAAGGUGAAGAAGGUGCUCCUGGCCCAGGCAGAGGCCGAGAAGAUUCGCAAGAUCGGGGAGGCCGAGGCGAUGGUGAUCGAGGCCCUGGGCAAGGCCGAGGCCGAGCGCAUGAAACUCAAGGCUGAGGCCUACCAGCUGUACGGCCACGCGGCCAAGCUGGCACUGGUGCUCGACGCCCUCCCCGCGAUCGCUGCCAAAGUGUCCGCCCCUCUGACCAAAGUCGACGAGGUCGUGGUGCUCAGUGGGGACAACAGCAAGGUGACCAGCGAAGUGACUCGCCUGCUGGCAGAGCUGCCGGCUUCCGUGCACGCCCUCACUGGGGUGGACUUGUCCAAGAUCCCUCUGGUCCAGAAGGCCACCGGCACCCAGGGGUGAAGAGGCCGCGCCCAGCCCCCAGCCUCCGACAGCGAGCCCGGGGGGAGCGCGAGCGUUACCGACUCUGGUGCCUGAUGUCGUGGGGACCAGGAGAGCUGCCGGCCUGUCUCCUCCUCCUCCCAUUCUUCCGUCGUGUGUGCGCGCUCUUCCCUCACCUCCACCAAUCAUAGCGUAAGCUAAGGACGUUUGCAAUCACUGUUUGUCUUGGAGGAGCCACCGCUCCUCAGAACCCGGUGCCUUGAAGUUCCUGUCCGCCGUCCCGGACGCUGGCCGGAGAGGGCCGAGGGAGCGCCGAGCUGUUGCUCCGAGGCCCGCAGCUCUGUACGAGCCCUGCUCUUCCCCAGGAGGACGGAGGAGACACCUCUGGUUUCUCCGGCGCCAGAACCCGUGAUGGGAUGGGGUUGUCUGCAGGCGGGGCCCGGGAGGGUCAGGCCGCCCCCUCCUCCGCAGGGCUUCUCCUUGCCCAGCGCGGUGCCGAGAGGAGUGAGAGAAUACCUGGGCCGGUGGGCGUGCCCUCCCUCCUAACUCAGGGCUGCCUCCUGCUUGGGCACGACCCUGGGCAGGGAGCAGGCGCGAGGACGAGGCUCCCCACCGGCCGAAGGUGGGUGCAGGGUGGCCACGUUCAGCUCUCGGGCCAGGCCCGGGCCGCGGUAGAGAGGAGCAGGCUACCUUUGCCCACCUUUGCCGCCAUGGCCCUCGGUGCUGCCCUUUGCCUAGGCCUCUGAGUGCCCCACGCCACGUGUCCCCGGCCCCACCUUCUUGUUCCUUCUG